AUGGCCGAGUCCGCGUACGUUGCCUGCGCCGAAAACAUUUCGCUACUGCAUUUACUGCAUGAGAUCCCCGAGCCACCAUCCGUAAAUACAGCGCCUGUGGCUUUUUCCGACGCCGCGAGCUAUUCGCUGCCGUUUGCCACGGAGCGCUCUCUGGCAGGUGUCCUCGCGUUCCUGUCGAGCAUCACGGACAACCCCAAUUUCAUCACUGCAGUGUGCGUCCAGGAGGGAAGAGAAGGGGCAGACUUGAAAGUACAUGUCGCAAUCAACAAGAAAAACGACAAAGAUAACAACGCAACACUGGAAACGAUAUGCGAUGGCUUCAACCGAAUAUUUCUGCGGCUGUCGAGCGCAAUGCACGGUAUGCGAGCCGGAGAUGUUGUGAUUCACUGGACUAAACAACCUGGAACAGCCAACUGCGAGAACGACAUCCUUACCUGCAUCGUUUCACUUUGCAAGCAAGCCCGCUCGACCUGGUCCUCGACCGCGCGAGACAGUCGCUGCUGCAGCUGCGCAAAGGAGUCAAAGUACCCAAAGUUGAAGCUCUAUCGUGGAAAGGCUGGCCCCUUCAGCAAACAAAUACUACAAUUUAUCGAUUCGUCAGCCGAACUGCUCAAGGUCACUCGUAGCUGGAAGCUGCACCAAACAGACGGCGAGCUGUGUGCCGUCGUCGAGGGCCUCCGUGCCUUUGCCGCGAUGGACGAUUGGAGAACCGUCAUCGACUUGAUCCCGGACCAGCUGAUGAAUCCCAGUUCAAGAGACAGUCUGGUGAGCAUGUUGCGAAAAGGUGCCCGGUAUAGACACGCCGCGCGGAUCCUGUAUCGCACAGCCAAGAAGCAUCCCGUCGCCCGACGGAUGGAGGCCCUCGCCGUGCACCUGGAUGCCUCCGCCUUCCAUGUGCCGCUGCUCUCCUCGCCGCCCACGUCUCUCGACGCCACGCUCAGCAGGGUCCUUUCUGGCCAGAACCACAACAUCGCUCCCUUGUGCCGCGCGCUCAAGACCACCGCCGCCCAUGCCCGCACCACCUUUGACACCCAGACGCGCCAGACAUUGACCGAGGGCAAGGUCCACGCCGAGGUCCAGCUCCUCUGCUACAUUUUACAAAAUCCCAGCCCCAGCCCCCCUCGCAUUGUCUGUGCCAGUAAAGACGCCUGUUUUCUCUGCCACUGCCUGCUCCAGGCGCACGGAAAGCUGCUGUCGCCGCGCUGCCACGGCAGGCUCUAUCCUGGAUGGCGAAUGCCGCCGACGCCCGCGUUGCGGCCGCUGCAGACGUCUCUCAAUCACAUGCUGGAGCAAAAGAUACGAGACGGCGCUGCGGCGCUGUGGAAGCACAAUGGAGCGCGACGGCGCGGCCUUCCGAUGCCGUGCGAGAGUAGCUGCUCGACAGCGGUGCUCUCGACCACCACGGUGGUGGGCGAUGAAGCACCGCCGUCGACACAAAUUAUAACGGCGACGGAGAAGACUCCGAGUGAGCCGGCUGUAGACGAGACUUUUGUUUCUUCCCACACACUUGUGUCGGCGAGCGACAUGGUGCCGACGAGAGAAGUCGAGGUGCAGCCUGUGGAGAGUAGGGACACGCUGCCACAGAGAGAGGACUGGUCCGUUGGUGAAAUAUACGCGCUCGCCCAAGGAGAAGCGGUCACAUCCAGCCUACCGACAGGAAGAUUGUCCAGGAUGUACACCGCGGAGCAGCUGCAGGUACAGCUAGAGUACACGACGGAGCAACAGGAGAUGGGCGGGGAGACACCACACCUGGAGUACCAGAUCCAGCAACUCACACCGUGCGAAGGCCGCGCGCUACGGGAGAGCAGCUACACUUCCAUCAUCGAUGUGUCUUUGAUGGCAGUGGACGAGCAGCGCAAUUUUCAGCUUAAUGAGCUGGCAGAGUUAUAUCUCAGCGCCGGCGACUGUAUUUUCAGACUAACGCUGCAGCCCGCGCAGCCAUCUUGA